AUGGAUGUCGACAUGAAAAUCAAGGACGACACGGAAGACAAGAGAGAUCGUGAGAGAGAGCGGGACAGAGACCGUGACGCUGACCGCGACAGGGACAGGGAACGCGAGAGAGACAGAGAUAGGGAUAGAGACAGAGACAGGGGGGAUAGAGAACGCCGCGACAAGGAUCGCGACCGUGAGCGCGACAGAGAGCGCGACCGGGAUCGGGAUCGUGACCGUGCAACUGGCCGCAGCCGCAGGAGUGACCACUGGGAGCCCGAUGACCGGCGAAAUGGCGACCGACGGGCUCGGAGGUCUCGCAGCCGCUCUCGUUCCCGCUCUCGCAGGCAUUCUGCCUCUCCGAGGCGUCGCACGCGCCGCUCCCACUCGCGAACCAAGUCUCGCAGCCGUUCUCGCAGCCGUUCGCGCAGUCGCGAGCGCCGUCCUGCAGAUCCCUUCUCGCGCUCGCUUGGGGGCCCCAUGAAUGCGCCGCACGAAGAGGCGGUCGAAUUCGCCAAAGUCAGCAAGAGGGAAAACCGGGUCUACGUCGGCAACCUCAGCUACGACGUCAAGUAUCGGGACCUGAUGGAAUUUAUGAGGGGAGCUGGUGAGGUCUUAUUCGCCGAAGUGCUUAUCACACCUACCGGCGUCUCCAAGGGAUGCGGUAUCGUCGAAUUCGCUUCGCAAGAGGACGCACAACGAUCUAUUCGCGAGCUCUCGGAGCAGGCGUUGCUAGGCAGACCUGUCUUCAUCCGUGAGGACCGUGAAAACGAGUCGCGUUUCGGAGCCACGCCUGUUCCAGGUAAGAUUGGGAUGGCGAUGGCUGGGCAAGGUUUACACGCAGCUCCUCCGCCGCGGCCUCCGCACCACAACUACUUUGGACACCAAGGGUCAAACCCUGGAAAUCAACUAUACGUUGGUAACUUGCCUUAUCAAGCCGGAUGGCAAGACCUCAAAGAUCUUUUCCGUUCUGCCGGCAAUAUCAUCCGCGCUGACAUCAACAUUGGUGCGGAUGGCCGUCCCAAGGGCUCUGGAACUGUCAUCUUUGAAACUGCAAAGGAUGCGCAACAAGCAAUCGGCAUGUACAACGGAUUCGACUGGUAUGGGCGCACUUUGGAGGUCCGCGAGGAUCGUUACGCUGGCCUGUCUGGUCCUGGUGCUUUCCGUGGCGGCGGCGGGGGCCUCCGUGGUGGCGUCCGUGGUCUCCGCGGGAGCGGCCUUCGAGGGGGAUUCCGAGGAGGAUUCCGCGGUGGCUAUUCCGCUGGCGGUGCGACUGGACGAGACUUUUCCAGUCAAGAUCUGUACGCACCUUACUCCGGCCCCGACCCGGCGGGCGCUGCAGGAGGCCUUCGCAUGGACGGAUAUGGUUCCGGGGGCUACGGCGGCGCCUACGACGGAUUCGAAGCUGAGCCCAGCCAGCAGAUUAUGGUUCGAAAUCUGCCAUGGUCAACCGCUAACGAGGAUCUCGUUGAGUUGUUCGAGACCACUGGACAAGUCGAACUCGCUGAGAUCCUCUUUGAGGGCACUCGCUCAAAAGGCUGCGGGGUCGUGCAAUUUGGCCAGGUGCAGGAGGCUGAGACGGCUAUUGCCAAGUUUCAGCAGUACAUGUACGGUGGUCGUCCGCUUGAUGUGCGCUUCAACGAUCGGUGGCACACGUUCACACCCGGUGCCGCGAAGGGCGGCCAGGCUAUUCCCAUGCAGGCUGACGUUGUUUGA